AUGUUUUGUGCAAAGUGCUAUGUACAGGGAACCAUCUUUCCAGCUCCAAAUUUCAAUCCUGUCAUGGAUGCUCAAAUGAUAGGAGGAGUCCUUCAAGGAUUUGACUGCAACAAAGACAUGUUGAUUGAUAUUUUGACUCAGCGCUGUAAUGCACAAAGGAUUAUGAUUGCAGAGGCAUAUCAGAGCAUGUAUGGCAAGGAUUUGAUUGCAGACUUAAAGGAGAAUCUUUCAGGGCAUUUUAAGGAUGUUAUGGUUGGUCUGAUGUAUCCACCACCAUCUUAUGAUGCUCAUGAGCUCUGGCAUGCAAUGAAGGGAGCAGACACAGAAGAGAAUUGCCUCAUUGAUAUAUUAGCAUCAAGAACAAAUGGAGAAAUUUUCCAGAUGAAAGAAGCAUACUAUUUGCAAUACAAUAGUGACCUUCAGCAAGACAUUUACUCAGAGACUUCUGGACACUUCAGAGACACACUUAUGAAUCUGGACCAGGGAACUAGAGAGGAAGGUUACACCAAUCCUGCUAUGGCAGCCCAGGAUGCAAUGGUUCUAUGGGAAGCUUGUCAACAAAAGACAGGAGAGCAUAAAACUAUGCUACAAAUGAUCCUCUGUAACAAGAGCUAUCAGCAAUUGUGGAUGGUUUUUCAGGAAUUUCAAAAUAUUUCUGGACAAGACAUGGUAGAUGCCAUUAAUGAAUGCUAUGAUGGAUACUUUCGGGAGUUACUCGUGGCAAUAGUUCUCUGUGUCCAGGACAAGCCUGCCUACUUUGCUUAUAGGUUGUACAGUGCGAUCCAUGAAUUCGGUUUCCACAACAAAACCAUUAUCAGGAUUCUAAUUGCUAGAAGUGAAAUAGACCUGAUGAAUAUACAGAAAAGAUACAAAGAAAGAUAUGGAAAAUCUUUGUUUCAUGAUAUCAAAGAUUUUGCUUCAGGACAUUACAAGAAAGCUUUGCUUGCCAUCUGUGCUGGUGAUGUUGAAGACUAUUAA